AUGCGUAAGAAGGGAGUUCAGGAACUUGUGGUCCAGCAAGUGGUCACAGUUCUGGAUGAAGCACAUGAGGAGAGGAUUCACAACAAAGCGCUGACUGAAAACAUGGAGCGUGAAAUCCAGCAGCUUCGUGGGAGAUUGAAGCGCCCGGAGAUGCAUGCGAGGUGGCCUGCUGGAAGCCCCUUCUUCCCCGUAUCAGUGAAGAGGUACGAAGGCACGUCCGUGCACGAUCGGGGGUACACAGUGGAGCUAGUGGAGACCGCCAGGCAGGACGGCACAGUCGGCUUGCAGCCCGACUCUGAUUACGCUACAGUUGUAAUCAAGAAUUCCUUCCAGGAAAUUGGCAUCCGAGGCACCCCACAGGCAGACUUGGGAUCCACCGUAGCCAAAUUCAGGUGCACGAGGGCCGACGGGCGUUACAUCGCUUUUGCGCAGGCGGUGCCUGCGAACCAAGAUGACCUGGACUACGUGCGGCGCGGGUACUUCCACGUAUUUCGAGAUGAGGACGGCGAGGGAUCCUUCAGGGUUUGGACCGUACUGGCGCCAUCUUCCUGCAGACUCUGCAACUCGACACUACAGCGAGCGUCGCGGAGGAUAGCGAGCAGGAAGCGCGGACGCAUGUCGGGGACAAUCGGCGGUGAAGGUGCGGCUCCUCCGCGGGGCGCCACGCCCCCCCAGCAGGGCCCAACCCGCCGGUCUGCACGGCAAAGCUCCAUGGCGGCACCAGGAGAAUGGGGAUCCCCUCCGAAGGCAAGUGGACGGGAGCGUCCGAGCGUCCCCUUUCGCGGUGACCCAGCAGUCGUACAGAUAUAUCACGUAUUCACGGGACGGGGCGGGGCGUUGUUGAUAUUGUAAAUAUGUUACGAGGGGUUACGUUGUUGACAUUGUAAAUAUGUUCAAAUGUUAAAUACAUUAAGUACAUUGACUAAGUAAUUUGUUUGUGUUGGCAACCCUGGAAAACG